AUUAAUCAGGAGCAGUGAAUGGAAACCAAUCAGAUAGAGAGCCCCAUCGGCUCGGGCUGCCUGCAUGCCGGAGUUAAAAAGUGCUGCUGGCCGAGCGGGAGACUUAGUGCGAGGCGGGGAGGCUGAGCGGUGGAAGAAGGGGCUGGGGAGCCGCACCGCCGACCCGGGUGAGGCUCGGCCACGCCGCCCCUGCGUGCCGAGCUCCUUUGAGACUGCAAAGACUAUUUAAAGAAGGAAGACGGCAUGACAUUGGAUUCAGUGCAGUAAAGUAGGUUAGUCUGAGAACAAGACAAAAAGUCAUUAUUUAGACUUCCUUGUGUUGCCAUGAUGAGAACUUACCAUUGCUUCUGGCUGCUGUUUUGGGCUAGUCAGCCCCACCAAAGCUUCUUAACUCCGUUAUCCAAAAGGACUAGUGGCUUUCCAGAAAAGGAAAAGGUUUUGGUAUUAUCUGGAAACAGCAGGCAAGACCUCCAUCGUUCCAAAAGGAGCUGGAUGUGGAAUCAGUUCUUUUUAUUGGAGGAAUACACAGGAACUGACUACCAGUAUGUUGGCAAGCUGCAUUCAGACCAGGAUAAAGGAGAUGGAUCACUGAAAUACAUCCUUUCUGGAGAUGGAGCAGGAGACCUCUUCAUUAUCAACGAAAACACUGGUGACAUCCAGGCUACAAAGAGACUAGACAGGGAAGAAAAGCCUGUAUAUAUACUCCGUGCCCAGGCUGUAAACAGAAAGACUGGAAGACCAGUGGAACCAGAAUCUGAGUUCAUCAUUAAGAUCCAUGAUAUCAAUGACAAUGAGCCAAUGUUUACAAAGGACGUUUACAAUGCCAGCAUUCCUGAAAUGUCAGAUGUUGGUACCUUUGUUGUGCAGGUCACUGCAACUGAUGCUGAUGAUCCUACAUAUGGGAACAGUGCUAAAGUUGUCUACAGCAUUCUCCAGGGACAACCAUAUUUCUCUGUCGAAUCUGAAACAGGCAUUAUUAAAACUGCUUUGCUAAACAUGGACCGUGAAAAUAGAGAGCAGUACCAAGUGGUCAUCCAGGCUAAAGACAUGGGAGGCCAGAUGGGCGGAUUAUCGGGAACCACCACUGUGAACAUCACGUUGACUGACGUAAAUGACAAUCCACCUCGCUUCCCCCAGAGCACAUAUCAAUUCAGAGCUCCCGAGUCUAUGCCACUAGACUCACCAGUUGGCAGGAUAAAAGCCAAUGAUGCUGACAUGGAUGAAAAUGCAGAGAUUGAAUACAGCAUCACUGAGGGGGACGGAUAUGACAUGUUUGGAAUUACCACAGACAAGGACACACAGGAAGGAAUUAUAACUGUGAAAAAGGCAUUGGAUUUCGAAAAUAAAAACUUAUAUAUUCUCAAAGUGGAAGCUGCAAAUACUCACAUAGACCCUCGAUUCCUGUACUUGGGGCCAUUCAAGGACUCAGCUACAGUCAGAAUUCAGGUGGAGGAUGUAGAUGAACCCCCUGUGUUCAGCAGACCAGCAUACAUAAUGGAAGUGAAAGAAGAUGUUCCAAUAAACAGUGUAAUAGGAACAGUAACUGCUCAGGAUCCAGAUGCUGCCAGGAACCCUGUCAAAUACUCUGUAGAUCGUCACACUGAUAUGGACAGAGUAUUCAACAUCAAUUCAGGAAAUGGUUCGAUAUUCACUUCAAAACCUCUUGACCGGGAAACACUGCUGUGGCACAACAUUACAGUAAUAGCAGCAGAGAUCAACAACCCAAAACAAAGCAGCCGUGUUCCAGUGUUCAUUAAGGUUUUGGAUGUAAAUGACAACGCUCCAGAGUUUGCCAUGUUUUACGAAACCUUCGUCUGUGAAAAUGCAAAAGCAGAACAGCUGAUACAAACAUUAAGUGCUGUUGAUAAAGAUGACUCUUACAAUGGACAUCAGUUUUCAUUCUCCUUAGCUCCUGAGGCAGCCAGCAGCUCAAACUUUACACUACAGGACAACAGAGAUAACACAGCAGGGAUUUUCACCCGAAAAACCAGAUAUAACCGGCACGAAACGAGCACCUACUUCUUGCCAGUGGUAAUAUCAGACAAUGAUUACCCUAUCCAGAGCAGCACUGAAACAGUGACUAUUCGAGUAUGUGCUUGUGACCAUCGAGGCAAGAUGCUGUCCUGCAAUGCAGAAGCCUUGAUUCACCCUACUGGUCUUAGCACUGGGGCUCUUAUCGCCAUUCUUCUCUGUAUCAUUAUAUUACUUGUUACAGUGGUGCUGUUUGCAGCACUGAGACGGCAGAGGAAAAAAGAGCCUUUGAUUAUUUCCAAAGAAGACAUCAGAGACAACAUUGUCAGUUAUAACGAUGAAGGUGGUGGAGAGGAAGACACCCAGGCAUUUGAUAUUGGCACACUGAGAAAUCCCGAAGCCAUAGAUGAUAAUAAAUUGCGCAGAGACAUUGUGCCUGAAACACUUUUUAUACCACGGCGAACUGCAACAGCGCGGGAUAACACGGAUGUCAGAGAUUUCAUUAACCAAAGGUUAAAGGAAAAUGAUACAGAUCCAACAGCUCCCCCAUAUGACUCGUUAGCAACCUACGCAUAUGAAGGUAAUGGUUCUGUGGCCGAGUCCCUCAGCUCCUUGGAGUCGGUGACUACAGACGGAGAUCAGGACUACGAUUACCUCAGUGACUGGGGACCUCGGUUUAAAAAGCUGGCAGAUAUGUAUGGUUCAAUGGACAGUGACAAAGACUCUUAAUAUGUUGCCUUUUUUUUUUUCUUUCUUUUUAUUUCCUGUCCUCAUUUUCAGAAAUAGCGUUGGGAUAUGUGAAGUGGCUAUUUCUUUCUAUUUCUUCACAGCUGUGUGAAAAGGGUUCUCUAUUCUACCCAUUUGAAUUGUCUAAUGACAGCAGUCUGUGUGGGUUAGCCAUCAGAAAACUUUCUCUAGUAUCAUUUUUUGAGCUUCCAAGAGGCAAAAUCCUUAUUUUUUAGUGCAUCCAGUUUACCAGGCUAGUCUUACAGGCACAGCAGUAGUGGAGGGGAAAGAAAGGAUCAGAUGGGGAGCAAUAUUUUUACUUGUUCUGCUUAUAUUGUAAAUUGGGAUAUAUUACUGUUUAAGCUCACUUGCUCUUCUUACUUGUAUUCAGACUAUUCAGCUCAGACAAUUGCUCUGUCGAUUGUGUAUUGCACAUCCCAUUGUAAUGAGGUACCCUAGUUUACCCUAUGUAUUAUAGUUAAAAGUAGUGGUGAUGGAAUGAAGGUUUAUUAUACAAGUAAGAGUAAGCCAAGAAAAAACAUCAAACAUGCAUUUUACUCAUGGAGAUGGUAGAAAGGCUUAAUGGUCAUUUAAACCUAAGUGUUUCUCUAGAACUUGCCAUUGCCCCCAAUGCACUGAAUCAUACUAACACACACAUAUAUAUAUAGUUCAUUGACUUCUCUGUAUAUAUUCUUCUGACCUAGCAUUGCUGGAGAGAUGUGUGUGCGUGCACGUGUGUGUGGUCAGUAGCCUCAGUAUCUAAUUCUUAGAUGAUUUCCCAGUUCUAACCCAGACCUGCUUUGCGAUACAUGGAAAGUCAUCAAAUCCAACCACAGAUUAGGUCAUGGCUUGGACAAAGGAACAGAUCAUAACUGUGCUUUUGUUUGCACUUCUUCAGUCAGCCUCCACCUGCACAUCAGUUCAGUGAUGGCCACUGCACUGGGGAGGUGGGAGUCAGGAUGUUCAUAUCCAGCUACUUCUGCCUGUUCUCAUGUGCAGGUGGGGAGGAGUGGCCUCAAGGUGACUGGCACCCACUGGAGCAAACAGAGCAAUUGCAGAGGAGGAAACAGUGCUUUUUUUGUCCACACCUCUACCUGGAUGUCCAGGGUGGAUUCCUGACUUGACUCUCUGCCCAGUUUUGCUAUCUGUAAAAUGGGGAAGUAAUGCCUACCUCAUCAGGAUGUUGCAAGAACUAUGUAAGUCAUUUGGAAAAUGCUUUAGAAAUGGAAAAUGGCAUUCUGCUGGAGGAAGUAAAUUGUCAUGGUUUUGGGUUGUUUUCUUUUUUUUUUUUCCUUCCAGAUUCAAGCCCUGAAUGCACAAAUAAAUGAGAAUUAAUUGUCAUUCCAGUGGCCUGAAAAAGUAGGGUUUAUAACUAUAACUUGUUUUUUAAAGUAAACUACACAACCAAGUUUGUUAAAGACUUCACCAAAAGGUAAAAUUUAAAUCACAAGUGUCACAUUAAAAGGGGCAGAAAAGAAGAAUUUUCAUAUUUUCAUAUUUGUUUUCUAUGCUCUAGGUGGUAGAGCAUAGUUCUGUGGUAAUUUAGUUUUAAGGUACUGUCAGCAGAAAAGCUGUAAUUGUAUUGCUGGUGGGAUCAUAGGUAAAAUUGACUAGAUACCACCAGGAUUUAUUUUUUUUUAAUAUAUAUAUUUUUAAAUUAAUUGUAUUAUUCCAAAUCGUGUUUUGAAUUUUAAUAGGUAAGGUGUUUUGCCUUCACCUUUCUUUUAUGAUAGUAGUUGUUAUUGAUUGUAUCCAUCAGUGUGUCUGGCUAUGUCUUAGAGUCAAAGAGACAUUGGUUUGGAUGAUGCUAAAUGCAUCGGUGAUUGACUGAUGAUCUUUUUUUUCUUUUUUUUUUUUAAUCAAUUCCCUCUUGUGAUAACAGAUUUGUUAAAGGCCAUUGAUUAGUUCCCAAAGUUAAAAGGGAAAAUUUGUAGGUGGUUGUUUUGAUUUACUUAGGUCAGUGGUAAUCGUAACCAGUUUAUUAAUAUAUUAAUAUUUGAGAGCUCACAUUAUUAGAACUUUCAGUCCUGUUCUCAGGAUAUUAAUUGCAUUCCACGUAUAAGGUUGUCAGGGAUGGUGUAAUUGUGGAAAUACUAUUUUGUAUCAACAGCUUGACUCAUUUAAGAAUUGAAGGCCCAAGCUCACUUGAGAGUUGGGGUCUGUUUAAAGGUAUAUUUUCAAGUUAUGUUAGUAUUCGUGCUUAAAAAAGUAGGCAUAUCUAUUUUUUCUUUUUUUAGUAUAGUUUACAACAAGGCGUAACAUUGUUGUCAUGCAUUUAGAGCAUUAUU